AUGUUCAAGGCUGCAAAUCCUUUUGAUGAAAUCGUGGCAAAGGCGACAGAUGAGAAUUUGACGAGCGAGAAUUGGCAAUUAAACUUGGACGUAUGCGACAAGGUAUCAAAUGAAGGAGAAAAUGGAGCUCGUAAUUGUGUGGCAGCAAUCCUGAAAAGAUUGGUUCAUCGAAACGCAAACGUACAGUUGUACGCUUUAACCUUAUCAGACGCUUUAUCGAAAAAUAGCGGAAUCAUUGCUCAUCGUGAAUUGGCUUCACGUAGCUUUUGUCAAACAGUUCAAAGGAUCAUCUUGGACAGAAAUACACAUAUCACUGUAAAGAAGAAAGCUACAUCUCUGAUCAAACAAUGGAGUCAAGAAUGGGGUCAAGAUGAAACUUUGGGCAUCGUACGUGAAACGAUGGAAGUGUUGAGAAAUCAAGGUGUUUCAUUCCAAGAUGAAGAUCAAAAGAACGAACCAGCACCAAUCGAGCCAUCUUCCGAACAAUUGCGUGCUGAGGAUGAAGAAUUGCGCAGAGUGUUGGAGCUAUCCUUGCAGGAUCAAGGCGGAAGGGGAACAAACUUUCAAUCGUCGUACAAUGACUCAGCACAAGCAUCAUCAUCAAGCACAGCACAGCCAUACAAGGCAAACAAUGCAGCUACUUCAUCUGCUGGCAAUGUAAACAAAAGCUUACCAGACCCAUCGCAUUCUCAAAUGCCAGCAAACCAACAACCUCAAGCACCUGCAGCUUCACGUGUUCGAGCCUUGUACGAUUUUGCUCCCAGUGAAGAGGGUGAACUUGCAUUCCAAAAAGGAGAUGUGAUUCGAAUCCUGGAUUCGGUUUAUGAACAUUGGUGGAGAGGAGAGUUGCGUGGCGAAGCGGGUAUCUUUCCUGUCAAUUAUGUCGAGCUUCUACCUGAUCCUACACCGGCAGAUAUUCAAAGAGAGGCAGAAUUGGAAGCACACAUCUUUGCUCAAGCGAAUGAUAUCGAUCGUUUGUUGAGCAAGCUACGUGGUUUGGACCCUUCGCGAGAUAAUUUGGCAGAUGAUGAUGAAUUGCAAGAGUUAUACCAAUCAUCCUUGACGAUGCGACCAAAGAUUGUCAAAUUGAUCGAUCGCUACAAUCUCAAGGUGACCGAACUGCGAACGAUGAAUGAUAAAUUUGUUCGUGCGCGAGCAACUUUUGAUGCAAUGAUGGAACAAAAUGUCAACAGAUACCCCAAUGCAGGAGCCAAUAGUCAA